ACCGUGUUAUGGUUCGGGAACUGCUAAAAACCUAAAGCUUGCUUAGUUUACAAUCAGACCCCUUCUAUGAUACAAACGUUGGACUUGUAACUAUGGCUAUGGCUUUGGCUCUGUCUCAGUGUCUAGAGGACUCGCCGGGCUGGAGAAAAUCAGAGGGGCGACAAGAAUUAAACAUGAAAGAACUAUAUAAUGAAAGGCACCGACUUGCUCUGGAAACUCUAGUUUCCGAAGGAAUAGACUCCUUUAUAGACUUUCUCAAUAAGGAAAGAAUACCUAAUUUUCUAUCCGAUAAGGAGAUCAGACGACUUUCUCGCGUUGCAGUUGUCCCGAGAUGUGUUUCCUUCGUUGGGGAUGAUUCACAUUUAGACCAAUCUUUGGACUGUUCUUCUGUCACUUAUUUCCCGGAGAUUUCCGACCUAGAGCCCCCGGCUUUAGAAAUCGGUUGGCCUGCUUUCACUACGGGGUCGUUCCGUGGAAUCACUCGUGCUGUAGCCUACUUCCAGCCAAGUUAUGGCGAAAGCAUUUACAGCUGCAAAGAAGCAGCAAGAAGGAUGAUCAAAACGGCAAAGGAGGUAAUUGCGAUAGUAACAGACUCGCUGACAGACUUGGACAUUUUUCGUGACCUGCAGGAGGCAUGCAUCCAACGACGUGUCCCUGUUUACAUUCUACUAGACCAGGCCAAUCUACCAUCAUUUCUGCACAUGUGUAGAAACCUUAAUGUGCGACUUGAUGAUGUCCAGCGCAUGAGUGUGCGGACCCUAACUGGAUCAACUUACUACAUGCGAUCUGGUGCUCGUAUUACUGGAAAGGUUCAUGAACGAUUUAUGCUGAUUGAUGGGAACAGAGUGGCAACAGGCUCCUACAGGUUCAACUGGACUGAUGGUAAACUAAACAGUAGCAACCUGAUUGAGCUAUCUGGCCAAAUCACAGAGAACUUUGAUGAAGAGUUCCGUAUCCUCUAUGCUCAGUCUCUCCCACUCAACACAAAAGUUGUCUAUACUGUUCAAAACAGUAGCAUAUAUGACUACUUGCUACUCAAGCACCCAGGAACUCCUAGAUCCUUAGCAACAUCCGGUAAACCAAUGUGGCUGUCCAGCACACCCAAUAGAGCUCACACCAAACGAUCUGGGAAAGAAAGUGAGCUUGAGAGAUUUCCAGUUUCUCUAACCUUAAAUCUUGAAGGGAAGAGCAUGGAGCAACUUUCUGGAAAUGAUCUUACUGCUCCCGAAGAGAAUCCUCUAAAUGCUGAGAAUGAUCAUGUGUCGGCUAGCACUGUAAAUGUGAACUCUGUAAUACAUUCAGCUGUCGUGUUCCACCACACCUCAACACAAACCAGCUGUAUGAAUUUAGAUGGCAUGAUGCAGAUAAAGGAAAGUAUCCCUCAGGGUUCUUGCACUAUAGCACCAAGCUCUGACUGUAGCAUUGAGACAAGCUCCCCAGAUCAGUCUUCAAGUUCAACACCCACCACACCCAAGAGUUGUAAUCAAGCAGAGGUGCAACACUGCCCAUUCAUCCAACACGGUAUUGCCCCUACAGGCAGCAACCUGAGGGAUUGUGUCUGCAAACUGACAAAAGAACGCCAUUACCAUUUCUCAAUCAUUCGGUCCAAGCUGGACCACAUGAGGAUGAUGCUAUCACAAGGGAUGGAGCAGGGAGAUUUCACUGGACAGCACACUGGCAAAAAGAGUUCAGCAGAUGGCAGAAACCUCCAUGUGGUGAAGGACAGUGUGUUGUUUGGAACAUGGCCACGGUCAAGGUGUCUACAGUAAAAGAAGCAUUCUUGAUAUUAGGAAUGUUUGGUUUUACAUUUGCCUUUACAUCUAUAGUUCACUGAACAAAUGAUUUAAGUGUUUUUUAAAGUUGUUUGGACAUUCCAGUGCACAUUAAGAACAUGGGUAAAAAUUCUUUAAUGUUGACCUUUUGGAAAGGUAAAGUAUUCAAAUAUAAAUACACUGUAUAAUUAAAGACCAUCUUCUUGAUUUAAAAAAAUGUUAAUUAGAUUUUGGAACUUACUAACAUUCUUGAUUUUGACAGUGAUAUAUGAAAAGUAAUUAAUUGGGUGUUUUUGUUUGUUUUUAUUAUUUAUGUUUUGCAACUGGGUAAUUUAUUUCUUCUAAUGGUAUUGUGUGCAUUGUAAUUCAUACAUCAUAACAUUCCAAGAUUUUGAGUAGUUUAGCAAAGCACUUAUUACAUUUUAUCAAUUUGUCCCAUAGUUUAUUGAAAUAGAGGAACAAACUAUAAAUUUGUAGAUAAAUAUGUUAGAAGCAGAUCUGAGACACUGACUUGUAGUGUUUUGAUUUUAAAAUACAUUCCUGAAUAAAACAUAAGUUUAACACUGAUACUUUAGUUCUAUCUGUGUAAGGUCAUAAGUAGCUGACAUCAGCAAAAUGCAAAAAUUUACUAUCGGCUUUAAAACCUUAUCUAAUUAGAUUGGUAAGGUUAGCCAGUCAUUCCCUUUUAAACAUUCUCCACUAACAGAAAAUAAUAAAAGAUCAUACUCAUAUUUUCUAAUGGGCAACUUAUUUUGGUGGAAGUGGUAGCUUAAUGAUUAACGACCUGGGUUACUGUUCAGAAGGUUGGGGGUUCAAGCCCCAGUACAGCCAAGAUGCCACCAUUAGACCCCUGAGCAAAGCCCUUAACCCUCUGUUCCAGGGGUGCUGCAUCAUGGCCAUGAAUCUCUCUAUUGCAUUUCACCCAGGAAAAAGACUUUGUUGAUCGAAACUGUUGAAUGCUGUUUUCUAUUUGUUUUGUCCUCUAUUUCUUUUUUAAAAUAAAGAUGCAAGCAGGCACGGGCCUGAUAUGGAAA